ACGCGCACCGGACUCUUCGCUCUCCCCCCAUUGGUCCGCAAGCCGACCGACUUGCACGAGCGAAGAGGAACUUUAGGCUCUUAACAGGCAGAUGAGUUCAGUGUGUGAGCUGCAAGUCUGAUAACAAGUGUUUUGUUUGUUUUGUUUCCGCCGAGAACUAUUUUCACAGCUGCUGAGUUUUUAAAUGGACUAGGUCUGUCUACAGUGCGUACUACUACCACGGUAAUGACUGCGAGAGAUAUAAUUUAGGAAAACAGAUUUUUAAAAAAACAAAACAAACAAAAAAAAAACUGGUCGUCCUUUGCGCCCUGUUCUGUCUCCGGUGUGUGUCCUGAGUAAUCAGCCGUUAAUUUGGAUCACCCGGCGCUCCCAGUCGUCAGGUGGACGGCGACGAACGGCUUCCAGUGUGCUUCCAGCGUGUCAACCGAUUCUUGUCGGCAAAACUCUCCCAUACUUCUGUCCAACAUGUACAGCAUGAUGGAGCACGAGCUGAAGCCGACGGGCCAGCCCACUCCCCACCAGACCUCUCAGGGGAUGUCGCCGGUCACCGGCAACAUGACCGGGAGCAUGGGCAGCAACGGGAACUCUCACCCGAGCUCAAAGACGGCGUGUCCACCCGGAGGCGACCCCAUGGAUAAAGUCAAGCGGCCCAUGAACGCGUUCAUGGUCUGGUCCCGGGGCCAGAGGCGCAAGAUGGCCCAGGAGAACCCCAAAAUGCACAACUCUGAGAUCAGCAAGCGGCUGGGCGCCGAGUGGAAGCUCCUGACCGACGCCGAGAAGCGACCUUUCAUCGACGAGGCCAAGCGGCUCCGGGCAGUCCACAUGAAGGAGUACCCCGACUACAAGUACAAGCCGCGCCGCAAGACCAAGCCCCUGCUCAAGAAGGACACUCAGGUGGGCAAGUACCCGCUGUCCGCAGGGAACCUGCUGGCGGCGGCGCAGGGGCAAGGUGGCAGUCCGAGGAUGGAAAGCUACGGCUGGGGCCCCACCGGGGGGUACGCCGGCAUGCAGGGCGAGGCGCUCGGCUACACGCAGCAGCUACACCGGUAUGAUCUGUCGGCCCUCCAGUACCCACCUGCAAUGACGGCGGCGCAGACGUACAUGAACGGAGCCAACUCGUACAGCCCCAUGUCAUACGGCAGCAGUUCCCAACAGCCAAGCCCUGUCACCAUGUCCAUGGUAAAGGCAGAAACAGUGUCCCACUCGCCUCCAACUGGGACGCCCAACCACCACCGGGGGCCUAUGCAGAGUGACCUCAGGGACAUGAUAAGCAUGUACAUUCCUGGACCAGGAGGGGAUGCCAGUGACCCCACGAAUGCACAGAGGGGUUACACCAGUGUCCAGCAGCACUACCUCAGCGGAACUGUCCCACUUACACACAUCUAGAACUGAAGUAGGAAUCGUGAAAGCAUAGGGUGGAGGACCAUACAUGCUUGUGAUAGACAGCUGGCUGGACUGGAGAUGGAGUCAGCUGUGGGGAACUUUAGGGUGGCAAAGAGACCCAAGAUGUAAAGAAAAAAACUGUUUUAAAACCUGCAUUCAGUAACCUAAAAGUUCCAGAUGUACCUGCAAUUACAGACACACAAGUGAUUUACUAAAUUUUAUAGAAUGGAAUGCUGUUUUUCUACCUCUUUGGGGUCACAUCAGUUAAGAUGAAUGCCAAACACACCCACCACCAAACAUACAGAGCUUAAGACUCCUCCCUGCCCACCACCCUCCAGCAGACUUUUCUCCAUGAAGAAUGAACAAACAUGGGCCAAUGUCUGUUCUUUUGUGUACUUAGUAGAAAAUGUUACUUUUGUCUUUUUAUAACUUUUCUUUUUAAUUAACCAUAAUAAGUCAAAAGACUCCUCGAUACCACUCUGGCACUAAUGACAGUUUCACUUUAUCCAGUCAGUGCAGGUGAACUGGUCUAGUUAGUGGGUUUAAUCUUCCAGUCUUUGACCAUGAAGCCAGUCCAUGGCGGCAACAACCACAGCAGAGACAAAUGACUAGCAACCUGGUUGAUUGCAAAACUCUCAGCUGAUGACAAACCACUGAGCAGAAGUCGCCUAGUUUUUGGAACAGCUGGGUACCAGUGGAGAGAACGGCAAGGAAAUGCACGACUUGAAUGACGGAGCUGUUUUUAAAAUGAGCUCUGCACGCCGUGACUUUGGUUUAGUACUCUAGUAUGUUUUUUAUAUUUUUAACUGAUGAAAUAUGGUGGAUGACAUGGAAAACACCUGUUGGACAAUCAGCAUUGCAUCCACAGGGAAUUAACAGAAUACAGUGGCUUCUAUGAUCUAUGGUCGCUUAGCAUAUAGAACCGGACUGGUUUUACAUUCGGUAGGUCGAGUGUCCUCAGUCCAACUAGAUCACUGGAGUUUGAAGUCUGAGAUUCAUCUAUGAGUUUUUAUUUGCUAUAAUUAGUUUUUAGUUUAGACCUUUUGAUGUAAAUGCUUGAAUGCAUUGCUUUGGCAGCAUCCGAGUCGCUUUGUGAAUUCAUUGUCACUUUGCUCUAGACAAGAGUUAUAUUGUUUUUAGCCUUUUAUCUUAAGUAAAUGGAAUUUAAUAUGAAAUUCUUCAUUUCAGUUGUUUUUAUUCAAAACAGCAGAUACUAAAUACUUUGAAGUCUUGACUUCCAACUUAACUUGACAGACAAAGCAGGCGUUUUUUUAAAUGAUCUGUCAAUUUUGUUAUGAUGUAUUUUUUUAAACCACCAGUAAAGAGAAUGUUUCAAAGUACAUUUUAGAGUAAAUCCCCCUCCUUUUCUUUUCCGGUAACUUUAAUUGUGGGUAAUUAUAUGAUUCUAAAACAAUGAAACUGCAUUUUUAAUCCUGUUCUCUCUAAUUUACAGUACUUUCAUUCUCUAUCCAGCCUGCUGGUAAUAGUGCUGCUAGGGACCUAAAGGGAACUGAAGUUCUUCAACCUACAAAACUGUGAAUAUUGACUGUGGUAGUUUAUUCAGACGAUUCUUAACUUUUAAGCAUUUCAUUACUAACUAAACAUGCACUGGAAACAGGUGCCGUUCUACUGAAGUAAUGCAUGAAUGCUGACAUUGCUUCCCAAGUAUUUGAAAACUUCACUUUAAUACUGACUUGUAUCUCUAUUUUUUAGAAUGAAUUAUCUUGUAUGUAAAUGAUGCCAUAUACUAGGGUUACUGUAUGCAGUAUUCAUGUAAAUAAUGUAUAAAUAUGUGGGCUCUUACAGUAAGAGCCUUGACUCCAUUUUGAGUAAGACAUGUUUGUUAUGUCAUUCAUGACAAUAUUAAUAAAAAGUACAAAUCUUUUCAUACAA